UGAAACCCUCGGAAUCCUCCCCAAACAGAAACAACCACCGCUGCCAGCUGCGCGCUCGGGGCAAAAGACGUUGCGCCCCCGCCGAUUGCCGGUGGCGGCAGUCCCGGCACCAGGUGCCGGGUGGUCAGUCCCGGUACGCAGCCACGGCGAGAACCCGGCCCUGCUAAGGGAGAAGGGAAGCCGUUUCCCGCGGGCUUCAUACAGACACGAUGCUAAGACAGCCCGAGUCGCGGACCAGUCCAACAGGCAGGCGGAUCAGUGGGCAGCCCGCGUGCGCGAGGACCCCGAUGGCGGCGCCGGGUGGCGGGAAGGAGGAAGUUUCAAAGCCAGCUUGACCUGGUUGUGGCCGCUGGGCGAGAUGAAGCUACACUGUGAGGUGGAGGUGAUCAGCCGGCACUUGCCCGCCUUGGGGCUUAGGAACCGGGGCAAGGGCGUCCGAGCCGUGUUGAGCCUCUGUCAGCAGACUUCCAGGAGUCAGCCGCCGGUCCGAGCCUUCCUGCUCAUCUCCACCCUGAAGGACAAGCGCGGGACCCGCUAUGAGCUAAGGGAGAACAUUGAGCAAUUCUUCACCAAAUUUGUAGAUGAGGGGAAAGCCACUGUUCGGUUAAAGGAGCCUCCUGUGGAUAUCUGUCUAAGUAAGGCCAAUUCCAGCAGUUUAAAAGGUUUCCUUUCAGCUAUGAGACUGGCUCAUAGAGGCUGUAAUGUUGAUACACCAGUUUCAACGCUCACACCAGUGAAGACUUCAGAAUUUGAAAACUUUAAAACUAAAAUGGUUAUCACAUCCAAAAAAGACUAUCCUCUAAGUAAGAAUUUUCCAUAUUCCUUGGAACAUCUUCAGACUUCUUACUGUGGGCUUGUCCGAGUUGAUAUGCGUAUGCUUUGCUUAAAAAGCCUUAGGAAAUUAGACUUGAGUCACAACCAUAUAAAAAAGCUUCCAGCUACAAUUGGAGACCUCAUACACCUUCAAGAACUUAACCUGAAUGACAAUCACUUGGAGUCAUUUAGUGUAGCCUUGUGUCAUUCUACACUCCAGAAGUCACUUCGGAGUUUGGACCUCAGCAAGAACAAAAUCAAGGCACUCCCUGUGCAGUUUUGCCAGCUCCAGGAACUUAAGAAUUUAAAACUUGACGAUAAUGAAUUGAUUCAAUUUCCUUGCAAGAUAGGACAACUAAUAAACCUUCGCUUUUUGUCAGCAGCUCGAAAUAAGCUUCCAUUUUUGCCUAGUGAAUUUAGAAAUUUAUCCCUUGAAUACUUGGAUCUUUUUGGAAAUAUUUUUGAACAACCAAAAGUCCUUCCAGUAAUAAAGCUGCAAGCACCAUUAACUUUAUUGGAAUCUUCUGCACGAACCAUAUUACAUAAUAGGAUUCCAUAUGGCUCUCAUAUCAUUCCAUUCCAUCUCUGCCAAGAUUUGGAUACCGCAAAAAUUUGUGUUUGUGGAAGAUUCUGUCUGAACUCUUUCAUUCAAGGAACUACUACCAUGAAUCUGCAUUCUGUUGCCCACACUGUGGUCUUAGUAGAUAAUUUGGGUGGUACUGAAGCACCUAUUAUCUCUUAUUUCUGUUCUCUAGGCUGUUAUGUAAAUUCCUCUGAUAUGUUAAAGUAAUGGGUGAGACCAGAAAAAGAAAUUUCAAUAACAGAUCAGUUUGGGGUGCAUGUAUGAUUUUGCAGCGUCAAAUUGGAGUAAGGGAAGAUUUCUGUAUACUUGCUGGAGAGGAGGAAUGUGUAUAGUUACUCAUUUAGAUGACUCCAAAACUUUUAUUAAAACCAAUUUUAAUUUUA